AUGGAGACUUUAGAGGAAAAGAGCAACCUCCUUGGUUUGCAGGCAGACAACAACAUGGAACAACCAUUCACUGUCAGCUCAUUGAAAAAGCUAGUGGCUAUUCCUGACCACACAGACAUCUCAGUGACUCCAGAAGAGAGAGUACGUGCCUUAAGCAAACUUGGCAGCAAUAUCACAAUCAAUGAAGAUAUCACUCCACGCCGUUACUUCAGAUCCGGAGUAGAGAUGGAGCGAAUGGCAUCAGUGUACAUGGAGGAAGGAAACCUGGAGAAUGCUUUUGUUUUUUAUAAUAAGUUCAUAACGUUGUUUGUAGAAAAGCUGCCCAAUCACCGAGACUAUCACCAAUGUGCAGUACCAGAAAAGCAAGAUAUCAUUAAGAAACUGAAGGAGGUUGCAUUUCCACGGACAGAUGAAUUGAAAAGAGAUCUUUUAAAAAAAUAUAACUUAGAAUAUCAAGAAUACAUGCAAAACAAAAACAAACGUAAAACUGAAAUUCUGAAGAAAUUAGAGCAUCAAAAGCUAAUAGAGGCAGAGAAGAAACGAAUUGCACAUAUGCGGCAACAGCAGCUUGAAUCAGAACAGUUUCAAUUCUUCGAGGAUCAACUUAAGAAGCAAGAACUAGCUCGAGAUCAGAAAAUCAAAGAGAGUUUGGUUAUGUCUGAACAGAUAGAUGGAAGUAUGCUAUCUUGUAUUUCUGUACCGGAGAACAGUUCCUUAUCUGCUGCACUGCUUGAGCAAAAAGAGAGGAGCAGCACAUCUGGCUGUGUGGGACAUUCGCCUCCAGUAAACCGAGUCUUAACACCGGCGGCAACUUUAAGUGCUGUGCAGACUCAAUUGGCUGAAGCACUCAGAGGUGUCAUUUUGCCCAGGGAUCUCUGUCACAAAUUUCUGCUGCUAGCAGAGGCAAAUACAGUAAGAGGAAUAGAGACAUGUGGAAUUCUCUGUGGAAAACUGACACAUAAUGAAUUUACUAUUACACAUGUAAUAGUGCCAAAGCAAACUUCAGGACCAGACUACUGUGACAUGGAGAAUGUGGAAGAAUUGUUUGGCAUUCAGGAUCAGUAUGAUCUCCUCACUUUGGGAUGGAUCCAUACACAUCCAACACAAACUGCAUUCUUAUCCAGUGUUGAUCUUCAUACUCAUUGUUCUUAUCAGCUAAUGUUGCCAGAGGCCAUUGCAAUUGUUUGUUCCCCAAAGCAUAAUGACACUGGCAUCUUCAGACUUACUAAUGCUGGUAUGCUAGAAGUUUCUGCUUGUAAAAAGAAGGGUUUCCACCCACAUACAAAGGACCCGAGGUUAUUUAAUCCAUGUACCCAUGUGGUUGGGAAAGACAUAAAGAUAAUUGUGCUGGAUCUGAGGUGAUACGGAUGGAUGAUAGCGAUGUUACUCUACAAAAGGCCAAACCAGAAAAGUGGAUUCCUGUUUUUCCUACAUUUUCAGAAAAUUACUUUUAUAUUUAUACAUUUUAGAUCGAAUGGUUUGAUAUUUAUUGCUCUAGCCUGUUUUGAAGUUUUGUUGCUCUGUCAAGAUGGAGUUCAGUGGCAUUACCCCUGAAUCUGUAAACAAAUCUCACCUAUAAAAUACAACAAUAAAAAGAACUUCAAAC